AUGGUGGGACAGUUCACCCAGGUCGAUGGUGAGUUUCAGCCUGAGAAGGAUCGUUAUCAUCUCUACGUCUCAUUGGCCUGUCCAUUCGCUCACCGUACUAUCAUCACAAGGAAGAUGAAAGGACUGGAAGAUGCCAUCGGAAUGACCAUUGUAGACUACCUACGAGAUGAGAAUGGAUGGGCAUUCACUGAUCAGCGACCCAAGACAUCCCUGGACACUGUCAAUAACUGCAAGUAUCUGAGGGAGGUCUACAUGAUGGUAGAGCCGGGUUACGAUGGUCGGGUGACCGUACCAGUCCUAUGGGACAAGAAGAUCAUGACCAUUGUAAACAACGAAUCCGCUGAGAUCCUACGUAUCCUGAAUAAACAGUUCAAUGCCUUCUCAGCUACAGAGGAGCAGCGAAAUCUAGACCUCUCUCCAGAUGAGUUGAUGGAAACCAUUGAGGAAAUUAACUCAUGGGUUGCUCAAGACAUCAAUUUGGGCGUGUACAAUGCUGGGUUUGCCACAGCUCAGGAAGCCUAUGACGAAGGUGUAGUCAAACUCUUCAAAGCUCUUGACAGGGUGGAGGAUGUAUUGUCCAAGUCUCGUUAUCUAUGCGGGGAUCGUCUAACCGAGGCCGACAUCCGUCUCUUCACCACCUUGAUACGUUUCGAUGUCGUGUACGUUCACCACUUCAAGUGUAACAAGAAGCGUAUUGUGGACUAUCCCAACUUAUGGGGCUUCACCCGUGACCUUUACCAGACACCGGGGAUUGGAGAAACGGUAGACCAAGAACAUAUCCAGAAACAUUAUCAGAUGGUCCACAGGCACAUCAAUCCUAAUGGUAUCGUCGCCAUCGGACCCGAUCUAGACUUCGAUUCUCCACACGGCAGGGAUGUGAAAUUCCAGAAGUAGGAGGGUCCACAAAGUUCUCGAAAACAAGAGAGUUAUACAAACUAAUCAUACUUAUUUGUUAUUACUUUCCGCUAGUUAAUUUGAUAAUCAUGAGCUAGAUGACCACAUUUAUGUCAAAUUCAAUUGGGUACCGAAGUGCUAACGUCAUAUUCGGUCGUCGUCCAGUUAACUGGUUCCAAACAAAAGUGCUUGCGCAUGAGGUUUACCGCAAAAUCAUUCAAGCAACGGGCUAGAGCAGGGCAUAUUCAGUGUUUAGCGCUGGUGUGAUUAUCACACCAUUCUUUAUGCAUCAAACUGUUUGGAACCAGCAACCUUGAUAACUUGGCCAGUAUGACGUCAUACUUCGGUACUCUAACUAUCUCCGUAGUACAUGUGAUGUAGAAGACAGUAAGAUAGAAUGAAAGAGGCAAAUUAUUACUAUUCUUACUUCCAUGUAGGUAGGCAGAUAAUAUAUUCAUGUCAUUGUCGUGCCUUGUUUUAUGAAAACGCCAAUUUGAUGUUAGCCAGCAGCUAUACUUUACUCUGAAUCGAGUUUAUCAUUCAGCUGCAAGAGGUCUUCAAAACACUUUCAGUCGUAUGAUUGUUAAGAGCUUAAGAUAAUGAAAAUAAUAAUGAAUGGCGCAUGAUAAAUAUGUACAAAAUGUAGAAAGUUUGGAAUAUGAUGUGUUUCCUUUUGAAUAACAUUAUGUCGUAUUUCCAGUAAAGAUGGUGUCGUUGAGGCUUAAUCAUAAUUGUUUUCUUUUUUGUAUUGGUCAUUGAUCCUUAUUUGUGUUUGUUUGUUAUAUUUAGUUUAAUACAUUUUUCAGCAAGUCCGUAUUCAAAAGAAGACAACAUUACAAAAAAUACCUGUACCACUUCUGCAAUGGUGUCAAAUAUUAUUGUUUAUGACUGGCACCCGGGUAGCCUGGGUAAAAUAAGCAAGUUUGUUUAAUGAUUCAGUAGAGCAUUAUGUCUGAACCCCAAUAAUAUGAUUUAAUUUUUUUUUUUUUAUUGUAUACUGACUGUCGUAAGAAUAAUUUUCGUGAGCCGAAUUCUGAAACAGGUUAUCUCCCUCUCGCCAACAUACGAUACCUUAAUUUGUUUGCUCAUAUUUCCUUUGAUUUGGAAUCUUAUCGAAAAGAUGUGUAUGAUAUUGUACUGUAUAAAAAAACGAAUUAAUAAUAAAGAAUAACUUGGACAAAAUA